GCCAGGGAGGGGGGCGGGUGGGAGGGAGAGGCGCUACUGACACAGGCAGACACAAUGAAGCCCCUCCUUGUCGGGAUGCUGCUUGGCACCCUGCUGGGGACUGCCGUGGGAAACCGCAUGCGGUGCUAUGACUGUGGUGGAGGCCCCAGCAGUUCCUGCAAAGAGACGGUGACCACCUGUGGUGAGGGCGAACGCUGUGGCUUCCUGGAGCGCAAACCCCGGAACAAGCCAUCUGGAAACCCCUCAGUGACCGUGAUUCAUCACCAUCCAGCCUGCGUGGCAGCCCAUCAUUGCAAUCAAGUGGAAACAGAGUUGGUGGGAGACGUGACUUACACAACCCACAGGGACUGCUGCGUCGGAGACCUGUGCAACAGCGCUGUGGCAGCGAGCUCUGUGGCCCCAGCAUGCAUCUUGGCCGCAGCAGCCACCGCCCUGGCCUGGCUCGUGCCAGGACUGUGGAGAGGGUAGUAAGAGUAGAUAAGGGAAGGGAGCAAGGAAGCAAGAGAAUGAAGGAGAUCUGAGGUGAGAAGACAAACACUCCUCUGUGAGCCAUUAAAAUCUAUUGACUACUCUA